GUCCGAGUUCGAUGGCAGCUUGAUUGAAAUAAUUUGUAGGAAAUAAAUGACUUGCUAACAAGAUUAUAUCCGCCUCUAAGUUUAAUUGAAGUGAAAAUGUGGUUUAUAAAUAUUGUGUAAACUUUUUUCGCACGAGAAUUUCGUGUAUACUGUAAUUUAAAGAUGUAUAUUCAUUACACUUUAGGAGCCAUUUUUAUUGUAUUUAUUUUGUGCGUUCAUUGUGAUAAUGCUGCUACUAACAACGAAAUCGUGGAAAUUCAUGUUCCGUCCGCCCCCCAAAACGUCACAGCAAACCGAGUGACAGCUACCGAAAUACACUUAUUAUGGGCCCCGCCGAUCACAUACACGACACACGUCCGAUCCAACCCCACAGAACCCAUUGACAAACAGACAUCCAAACCGGGAUCGGAACCAAAUCUGACAGUCAUAGCCAAAGAGCAAACCCAAGCGGACGAACCCAAACAUCCAAUUUACCCAAUCGACGACCAUUUAAUAUUGGACACUCCGAUAAACCAGGAAAGACCAAAAGAUAUUGACUACACAUACAAUUUAUAUAGGAAUGACGAGCGUAAAUAUAACAAUCAAUUUUCGGAAUCUGAUAUCUUGUAUAGGAGUAAAAGAGAGGAACUAUCUCAGCAUGACAGAUGGCGAUAUAACAACGAGUUUUCUAAAGCAGAUAACUCUAGGAAUAAAAGAGACACAAGAUCUCAUAGGCACAGGAAAAGAAGGCAGGAUAGUGUCACCGAGAAAAUACAUUUCGAAAGAAGCAACGAUGGCGUUGAGACGCAUCAAGCGUUUGAAUUGCCGAUAGAAGUGGUCAAGAAAUCCAUGUCUACCCCUUUGAAGAAGGACAUAACCCAGAUUGCUUAUGUUCUGUAUUACGAAGAGGGAGUGUCUAUGAAGAAGGGAGCCAGCGAUUUCUUACUGAUAUCAGGAGUGCAGACGUCGGAACAGGUGAAAAGGAAGAACGUGUUUAGAAGUGAUCUUGGUAUACAGGAUUAUUUGAACGCGACAAAGAAUUUGACGCUUUUGAACACGUCUGGUGCCCAGAGUUCGAAACUAGUGGGGUUCAGAUUGAGGAAUUUAAAACCAUUCACCCCCUACAAGAUCUGGGUGCGCGCGUUCUACAAUUUUCCCCUAGAGGGGGUAAUGUCAUCUGACUUGCUUCAACGCCUGGGGCCCAAUUCAGAGGCACUCUACGUAUUGACUGACGUGAAACCGCCGUCAGCACCUGUCAUACUUAAUUUAACGUGCGAACAGCCUAAUGGUGUCCUUUACUUGCAAUGGCAUCAACCCCGCGAGUACGAUAAUUCUCUGGACCAGUACGUUGUCACAUUGAGGAAGAUACCUGAAGAGCAACCUAGGACGAGACUCACCUUGCCUACAAAUAAAGAUGAUAUUGAAACGACUAUCAGUGUGAAAGUGGAGCUGUGGAACGUAACGCGGUACGAGGUGAAGAUAUAUGCUGUGACGCUAUCCGUGGCAAGCCCCAACACCCUUAUCAAUGGCUCGGAAUCGCCACCUCAGGAGGUGUCAAGUGAGCUGUGCUCGGCGCACUCUGAAGCGAUGUCGCCCGCGGAUGUGUCGCAAGUGAAACAUUCAGGCAACUCGUUGGUCGCUCUGCUGGCAACGGCCUUGCUCACUAUACUGGCCGCUGUUAGUGCAGCUUUAGUGUACUGGAGAUGCAGGUCACGAGUUAGCAAGUGCAUCAGUGCUGCGUACAACUACCUAGAGGAGGGGGGAGAGAGGGCCGCGCGUGCCCCCCUCAACACAUAUAAAAAACCUGUGGUAAACUGCUCGCCGCUAGUGUCUUGCGCGGGGGGUAACGGCGGUGCGACGGCGGAGGGGCCCGCCGCGGCACGACCGCCCCGAAUGGCGGGCGCGGCUCAUCCGCUAGUGCGUGCGAGACAGUUUCCAACGCACGUGGCAUCCCUGCACGCGGAUGGCGAUAUUGGAUUUAGCAAAGAAUAUGAAAUCGUGGUGUCGAAAUCAGCGACCUCCGGCCACACGAGUCAUCACAGCUACAGACCCGAGAACAGACUGAAGAACCGAUAUUUAAAUAUAACAGCAUAUGACCAUUCCCGCGUGUGCGUGUCAUCCGGCGGGCGAUGUGGCGCGGCCGGGUGCGUGGGCGCGGGGCGUGGCGCAUCUUGCGAUUACGUGAACGCCAACUUCAUAGACGGAAUGCUGCCCGCACUUAAUCCCCAGGCUGCUAGACGCAUCGAGAAGAAGUUGGAGAGGCGAGCUAGACCUAACAGGCAACCUUCAGUAAAAGCGAGCAAACCGCCACCAAACUUAGCAGAGGGUAUAGAAUCUGCCUUCCUGAACAUCGAGUUCUCAGGAAUCGUGGAGUCCGAAGACCAGGCCGAGGACUCUGACAGUGAGAGGAGUGAUGAAGACUCUGAAUUGGACGACGUUUAUGUGGAUAUCAAUGGUGUGCCCAGACAGAUAAAAUUAGAAUGGGCGGUAUGGCGGCGGAGGUACAUCGCCACGCAGGGACCAACGCCGGCCACGUUGGACGCCUUCUGGCGGAUGAUCUGGCAACACCGCGUGCACACACUAGUCAUGAUAACCAACCUCGUGGAACGGGGCCGAAGAAAAUGUGACAUGUACUGGCCGGCGGGAGGCCGAGGCAGUUCCGCGGAUUUCGGCGGCAUACACGUCACACUACUGUACGAAGACGUGCGCGCCGCGUACACCGUGCGGCAUCUGCGCGUGCGCGGGAAACCGCAACCGAUAAUAAUACCACAGGGCAGCGAAUCAAGCAGCGAGUCAAGCUCAGCGCCAACGGCAACCAACAACAACGAAGGUCGUCACAUCGUGCAGUAUCACUACACUGUGUGGCCGGACCACGGUACACCGCGCCACCCUUUGGCCGUACUGCCAUUUGUACGAGCCGCGGCCGACCCGGGUACCGUCCUUGUACACUGCAGCGCGGGCGUCGGCAGAACGGGUACAUAUAUAGUAAUAGACGCACAACUAAACCAAUUGAAACUAACGGGCACACUAUCGCCGCUCGGUUUCCUCUGUCGAGCCCGCACUCAAAGGAACCAUCUAGUCCAAACCGAGGAACAAUACGUAUUCGUGCACGACGCUUUACUGGAGUACGUGCGAUCAGGAAACACCGAAGUCGAAUUCACGAAAGCUCGAGAAUAUCUAGCGAAACUUCUAGAACCGAUAUCGGACGAAGAGCUCGCCGUAAUGGAUCUUAACCCACCCAAACGCAAAAGCGUAAACGAUCUGACGAACGGUAAUGGAUUAAAAAAUGACGUGUCGAGUUUGAAGUCGGUCAGUCACGAAUGCAGUAGCGAGCAGAUAGUUGAAAACGGCAGUCAGGCGUCAAUAAAGACGGACGAAUGUACCACCGAGAGUAAAUCGUCGGAUAAUCAGGAGAAAGAUGGUCUAGUGAAUGGUGAUGACGUUGAAGGGGUUUACGAUUUGGCGCCGCGGUCCACGGAUACGUACAGUAAGAAAAUGCAAGCGUACAACAAUAUGAACGAACAGGAGAAAGAGGAGAUGAGGAGGGUGAACAGGGCAGAGAACUACGCGUUGUUAGAAAGAAUGCGUUCGCUUUCCAAUAGACAUCAACUUUAUCAAGGCCCACCUCCGGUUAAUUUGUUAGAGAAACAAUUUCAGUUAAUAACAAGAUCCUGUGUGGAGCCAAGUGUGUGCGCUCGAGCGGCGCAUAACGCGGACAAGAACAGACCCGGCGGCAUACUGCCCUCAGACCCUGCCAGGGUCAUGCUGGUCCCUAAACCUGGAGUUGAAGGUAGCGAAUACGUCAACGCGUCCUGGGUAUGUGGGAGACGACGCAUGAGGGAAUAUGCGGUUGCCCAACAUCCCGGAGAUUCUCCUGAGUUAUGGAGGCUACUUUGGGAUCACACCGCUCAACUCGUACUGUUGUUGGCUGAUAAUCCCAAUGAUCCGGAUUGCGACGUAUUCUGGCCCACAGAAGAGGAAAACGAGUUGUUCGUAGCAAACUUCAGAGCGAGCUUCGUAUCUAAACACACGUACGUAGCGUCAAUGAGAUCGGAACGAAAAGCUCAGAACGACUCUAUUUCUGAAUCAGAAACUAACGGAUACAGACGAACAGAGGGCAGUGAAUGUGCUGAUAAUGAAUGCUUAAUACCAGAAAACAGUUCUCCAGUUAACGAUUCUCCAGAGCCAGCGUACCGGUUUGAUAGGACAGAACUACGGUUGGAACGUCUCAGUGGCAACAGAGAUUUGUCUGCCCGUAAAUCUAUCGCUAACGGGGACUUAUUCUCUUCGCUAUCUGAAAAGAAAAAUGGCCCAAGAUCCCCUAGAAGUCCAUCGAAAAUGUCCCUGAAGAACUUCAAGUUGAGCUCCCCGACGAAGUUCAAGUUUCCCGAAUGGGGAUCAAGAACGGCCGGUUCUCCACCAGAUACCGCACCUCCUCCACCUCCUAUAGCCCCAUCUUUGACAGUGCCACAAGAAGCGGAACUCAGAAGACCAGUGUAUGUGUUCGAAACAGUCGAUAGUGUACCGGACGUGUCUCCAGAUAAGGUUAUCGAAGUCACGAACGUAUCAGUUCAUUCGUUACAAGACGAUUAUCAGUUGAGUGUUAAGUUUAUAAAGUGCAGCGGUUGGUUGGACGGUCGCACAAGUGAAUAUUUGAUGGGUAGGCCAGAUGACAAUGAGUGCGUUAGAGGGGUGCGGCAAGCCAGCUGUGAGAGCGAGAGGGAAAAGGCUAUAGAUCGGCUAAUAGCGCCGUUUCAAGAUUCCUUCGCGUUAAUAGAGUUUGUUGCUGCGAGUCAGAUGGAGUUCAAGAAUGGUCCGGUUGUCGUUGUUGACAAAUAUGGUGGUUGGCGGGCGUUAACAUUCUGCUCGCUAAGCGCAGCGUGCGGAGGGGUACGGAACCCCGCCGUAUCCGAACCAGGGGCCGAAUUCGCCCCACCGUGCACAACCGCAGACCUAUACUGCAGUAGCGCACUCAACGCACACGCGAGGUGCGCUCCCAACGCACAAGCGAAUCAUUGUGCGUCGCCAGGCGGCAGUGGGAGUUUGUCCGAAGCACCGCAGGCUCACUCUCCGAGGGCGCUGUUGGCGGCCUACAGCGCUUUAGCGGCGUACGCGCAAAAAUUACCCCGACCCGAUAGCUGAACCAGGUCGGUCUCAUCAUCGCAACCGGAAUCAUGGUAGAAUGAAUGAAUACCAUACAUUGAAUUGUAUAAACUGAAUACUCAGUGUGUUGUGCGGUUAUAUCGCGUGGUCGUGAUAGAUAUUAUCACAUCACGUUAUACUAAACAAACUUUUUGGUGCAAACACUUUAUGAUUGGUGUAUUGUGAAUAUGUUGUGAUUACAUUUUACGACGUAAUUAAUUCGUAAUAUUCAAUGUAACUGUAAACUUUGUAUUCUUAGACUAGUGAAGGAAUACUGUGAACACCCUGUACGUGUUGUACACCUCGGAAUUGUUGAUGGUUUUUGUAGAUAUCGAAACAGUAAAAUGGACCUUAUGAUGCUUGUUUUAAAGCUCAAGUUCAUAUAAUAGUUUAAAUAUAGCGCCACUAGCGAAAACUAUGUGAAAUAGAAUUCUGUAGUACAGAUUGUAUACAGGAUUCUCGUUCUGGAUAGGAUAAGGUUUGACGAAACCAUAAAUAAUUAAAAAAUGCUUUUAUGCAUGUGUAAAUUUCAUGCCGUUGAAUAAGCGACUUUAAAGCAUGAAACAUUUGGUCUAUUUUACUAUAAAGUUAGAUUUUCGAUACGUCAAAAGAAUCUACGCUUGCGAGUAGUAUAAUGUCUUAAAGGAUAAAGGAUGCACUGAAUUUCUAUUACACUUUGAAUACGGAUGACUUAAUCUAUUUUUUAAAGUUUCUGAACUGCAUUUGGACUGCAAUUAUACAGUUUUAUUUAUGCGGUUUUGUUACUUCAAUGAAUCGAAUUGCCACCCGUGUGCAGUCUACGCGUAUUCCUGUAUAAAGCAUCCUUAAAAUCAUCUGAAAUACUACUAAGUACAAAUGUACUUUCAAAACUGAGUACAUGCGUUUUUAACCAUCAGCAUUCUAAUACACGAUAAUGAGCAUGCCAGUUAUAUAACUGCAUAAGCAUUAUUUAUUAAAAAAAGUCAUACAUUAUUAUUAUGUCUAGUAAUUGAAAACCACUAAUCAAAACUUGUCAAAUAGUCAAUAGAGAAAUAGAGUAUAGCGGUAUCUCUUAAUAUUGCAGAAGUUGCGAUAUUCAGAGCGAACUAGAAGUUUGGUGCAAUCUAUAACGUUUCUAUAUUCACGUUACGUGUAUGUGUACGCUUACAAAUCGUUGGUGUUUUUAUUUCCAAAAAAUUAAGUAAUACUUUUUAAACAACA